GUUGUUGUUAUGUCCGGAGGCAUGCCAUGGGAGGAUAUAAAUAAUGUUGCAGCAUCACAGAACAAUCAGACUGGAAGCUUCAGUUGGAAGUCAAGAGGACUCGCACUAAACUCAGCUGAUCAUCACACCUUCACCAGGUUGGAGAAAUGGCCUCAAAGACCAAAGCACCUGCUGAUGUUCAGAAAAGUGAUCUGAUGGCAUAUGCCUGUGAUCUCACGCUGGAUCCAGACACUGCAAACAACCGCCUCACUCUGUCUGAGGGAAACAGAAAGGCAACAUAUGGAGCAUGGCAGUCAUAUCCUGAUCGCCUAGAGAGGUUUGCUGCAAAUCCUCAGGUGUUUUCUAGAGACAGCCUGAAGGAGAGCUCUUACUGGGAGGUAGAAUGGAGCACCAGUCCUGAUGAAUCUGUUUAUGUAGGGGUCGCAUACGGUGAGAUUGACAGAAAAUCAACAAGCUCAGACAGCCAGUUUGGAAACAAUUCCAUCUCGUGGUGCUUUGGCCAAUAUGCUGCACCUGGUUCACCACAACCCGUACUCAAAGCAUGGCACAAUGGUCAGGUGUGGGAGGGUCCUUUUCCCUGUGGUGGCUGUGAAAGGGUUGGGGUGUUACUGAACUAUGAUGCUGGCACUCUGUCCUUCUACAAUGUCUCCUUUGGUGACCCGACUCACCUCUACACCUUUCAGACCAAGUUCACUGAGCCUGUGUACCCAUGCUUCUGGGUUGGAAAAUGUGGCAAUUACUUAGUCGUGACAGAAUUCAUAUAAGAGUAGCAACUUUAGAGUCAUUGUAGCUUUAA